AUGCCGAAAUCGUUCCUGUUUACUCAUCGGCGUUACAACGUCAGUCCCGUUCCGACCGAUGAGGCUGCGACGUCGCUUGCAUCACCGCAGAGGAAUGGCAAAGAUGACGUCGUCCCGGUGGUGAAACAAGUUCAAAAGUUACAACGCCACAUCCAGCAGCAGCAACAGCAGCCGCAACAGAGAAGGAGCAAUCCAGCAUCCAGCGGCUAUCCAGCGUUCCCUCUAUCGCCCGGCCAAGGAUCGAUUGCCGAGCUCAAAUCGCCCGGUCGGCCGCAGUCGGCCCGCAUUUCGCCCGUCAUCGGGAGCAGCAUCCCCAUCGUUCCAGCCGUGGCUCCCAACGGCCGCCUGGGCCUCCACCAGCCACAGCACACCAAUAAUGCAGCAGCCAUUCCCGAGGAGAUGUACAAUCUCUUCCAGCUGGCCGAAGUCAGUCUGGCCGCUUCCGGCGGCAGUGAAUUCCGCUCGGUGCUGGAACGCUGGAGACACCAGCAGCAAGGACUGGUCAUGGCCAGGGCUCUCAAAAGUCCCGUCGUCAAAAUCCUGGACAUGUCGGCAGCAGCCGCCGCCGCCAAUUGUGCCGGUCACUCACCGAUUCCGGUGCUGGACAAACCGCUGGAUCUGAGCCGAGAUCCGGCCACAAUAACGACGGCCACCGCCGCUGCGACGGAAGUGCGGAUCUUGACGCCUUCGCCGUCGCCAACUCCGUCCGAGACUCACCUGACCAUCAAUCUCGGAUUGCGCAAGAAAUUACGGCCGCAAACAACUUCGUCAUCAUCCGGCCAUCGCGGCUCAUCCGAGGCGGAUGACGACGAUGAGGACGACGAUGAAGAGGACGACGAAGAAGAUGAUGAAUUGGAUGCCACGGAUUCUUGCUGGUCGCCCGAUGACGUCGCCUCUUGCAAGUCCGUCUCCGUCGUCGUCAAGGGCCCAUCCAUCAGCACCGGCAGCAACAGCGGAGACAGUCACAGCGGACCAGACGGCCACGAAUGCCCCGAUUGCGGCAAGCGCUACAGCACGUCGUCCAAUCUAGCCCGUCAUCGGCAAACUCACCGAUCGCCAGCUGAUCAAAAGGCGAGACGUUGUCCUCAUUGCGAUAAAGUUUACGUUUCGGUUCCGGCUUUCUCGAUGCACGUCCGAACCCACAGUCAAGGAUGCAAAUGCCCCUAUUGUGGUAAAUCGUUCUCCAGACCGUGGCUCCUGCAAGGCCACAUCCGAACUCAUACAGGCGAGAAGCCGUUCACCUGUCAAAUUUGCGAGAAAGCUUUCGCCGACAAAUCCAAUCUGCGCGCCCACAUCCAGACUCAUUCCAAUUUGAAGCCGUUCACGUGCCAGCGCUGCGGCAAGGCCUUUGCUCUCAAAUCCUAUCUCUACAAGCACGAAGAGUCGUCGUGCAUGAAACUGGUCACCAAAAUAACGGCCGACGCCGAUCCCAAAGACGAUUCAACCAGUCAGCAGUCAAUAACCGAAUAG